AUGUCAGGCAUUCCAUGUCCCCAUGCCUGUGCAGCUAUUAAGGCUGUGAAUUGCAAUGUGUAUGAUUUUGUUGAUGAAUGCUACAAGAUUACAUCACAGCAAAAGAUUUAUGUCAGGACUAUGAUUCCAGUGGCGACAGUAGACAUGCCAAAUCCUAACAAUUACUGGGUGGAAAAUAUAGGAAGUCAAGUGUUCUUGGCACCGCCUUUGACUAAUCGACCGCCAGGAAGGCCUAAAAUAAAAAGACGAGAGUCACAGUUCCAGAAUAGGAAGAUCUACCAUUGUAGCACAUGCCAACAAGUUGGGCACACAAGAAGAACAUGCAAGAAUCCAAACCCAAGUUGA